ACAAACUGAAGCAGCACACAGCAAAAAAUUUAAUCAAGUCAUCCUAACAACGAGCAAGAGUCGAAUAAAUAUUACAGUGCAAAAAUGGAAACUCUGCUGGGUAUCAAGGGUCCUGAUUUUGUCAUGCUUGCGGCAGACACAACUCACGCUCAUUCAGUAAUCGUGAUGAAAGAAGAUGAAAACAAGAUCCACAAGGUGGCCGAUAAUUUGUUGAUUUCGACAGUUGGCGAGUCUGGGGACACGGAACAGUUCACAGAGUUCAUUGCCAAGAAUAUUGCCCUGUACAAGAUGCGCAAUGGCUACGAUUUGAGUCCCCGUUCAGCGGCGCAUUUCACUCGCAAGAAUCUAGCGGAAAGUCUGCGGAGCCGGACCCGUUACCAGGUUUUCAUGUUUGUCGCCGGGUACGAUCCCAAUGAGGGACCCGAACUGACCUUUAUCGAUUAUCUGGCGUCGUCGAAGUCAUUGAAUUAUGCCGGUCAUGGCUACGGCAGCAUGUUCUGCGCCAGCAUCUUCGAUCGCUACUGGCACCCGAAUAUCACCCAGGAAGAGGCCUACGAUGUGCUGAAGAAAUGCGUACUGGAAAUCCAAAAGCGUCUCAUUGUCAACUUGAAGAACUUUAGUGUUGCUGUUGUCGAUAAAAAUGGUGUUCGCCACUUGGACCAAAUCAGUGCCAAGAGUUUGGUUGAUUAUAAUGCGGCCGCUUAAAUUAAGUAUCCAUUAAUCUAAUUUUUUGUAUGCAUUUUAAAUGCAUCUUUUAUGAUGAGGAAUAAAGCAGAAUUAGAGAUUUGGAUUUUUGGUA